AUGACCGCGUCGCGCCUGCGCGCCCCAGCCCCACCCCCACCAGACCCCGCCCCACCCCGGUCCACCUUCCCGCAGCGGCCAUUUCCUGUUUCUCUGCAGUUUUCCCCAGCUUUGGGUGGUGGCCGCUGCUGGGCUUCAGCUUCCCGUUGGAGGAGGGCGAGGUGGCGUGGACAGCGGCCCCGGCACCCCGCGCCCCGCCGCCUGCAGCUGCGCGCCCGCCCGCCUGCCGCGCCCCGAGCCCGCCGCUUCUCGCCUCCGCAUCCGGCCGCCGCGGCCCACCGAGUGGCCCAGAUGCAGGCCAUCAAGUGUGUGGUGGUGGGAGACGGAGCUGUAGGUAAAACCUGCCUGCUGAUCAGUUACACAACCAAUGCAUUUCCUGGAGAGUAUAUCCCCACUGUCUUUGACAACUAUUCUGCCAAUGUAAUGGUAGAUGGAAAACCAGUGAAUCUGGGCUUAUGGGAUACUGCUGGACAAGAAGAUUAUGACAGACUACGUCCUCUCUCCUAUCCACAGACAGAUGUAUUCUUAAUUUGCUUUUCUCUUGUGAGUCCUGCGUCAUUUGAAAAUGUUCGUGCAAAGUGGUACCCUGAAGUGCGACACCAUUGUCCCAACACUCCCAUCAUCCUAGUGGGGACCAAGCUUGAUCUUAGGGAUGACAAAGACACGAUUGAGAAACUGAAGGAGAAGAAGCUGACGCCCAUCACCUAUCCGCAGGGCUUAGCCAUGGCUAAGGAGAUCGGUGCUGUGAAAUACCUGGAGUGCUCGGCUCUCACACAGCGAGGCCUCAAGACAGUGUUCGAUGAAGCUAUCCGAGCCGUUCUCUGCCCGCCGCCCGUCAAGAAGAGGAAGAGGAAGUGCCUGCUGUUGUAAACGCCUGGGCCCGCCCCUGCCCCGCCCCCUGGGAACCUUUGUAUGCUUUGCUCA